AUGGAGCCUUCAACAACAAAAAAAAUACCGAAGCGUAAACGAGUAGUGGUCACUAUUGAAACGAAAUUAAAAAUUAUUGAGGAAAUAGAAAAAGGUUCAACAAUUGUUUCAUUAAGUGAAAAAUAUGAUAUUCCACGCACGACGAUUCAAGAUUUUAAAAAAGAUGCCACUCAAAUCAAACAAUAUGCUGCGUCGAUGGAAUCUUUGGGAGGUCGGUCAAAAAAACGCAAAACGAUGAAAAAGGCAUUAAAUGAAAAAGUCGAUGAAGCAUUAUUCUUGUGGUUUAAUCAAAUUCGGAGCAAAGGCGUUCCAUUAUCUGGUCAAAUAUUGAAAGAAAAGGCAUUAUUUUUUAAUGAAAAACUAGGAGGUCCGAAUGAUUUCAAAGCUAGCUCAGGUUGGUUGUAUGGCUGGCAAAAUCGACAUGGCGUGAAGAAAGUGUCGAUACAAGGUGAAAAGAUGAGCUCCAUAGGUGCCAACGAAAUCGAAAAAUGCACCGAAAAUUUCAAAAUUUUCGUCGAAAAUCAUGGUUUUACCCGUGAGCAAGUUUUCAAUGCUGAUGAAACGGGUCUGAACUUUAAAGCACUCCCAAAAAAGACACUCGAUUUUUGUGUGAAUAGCUAUGCACCUGGAUGGAAAAUGCAAAAACAACGAAUAACAUUGAUGAUUAGCACAAAUUCAAGUGGUUAG